AUGGGUGUUAACGAGAGUUUCAAGAUGAAUAAUCAACAUUUACAAGAUGAUGAUGAUCUUCCACUUCCUGGAUUUAGAUUCCAUCCUACUGAUCAAGAACUUGUUACUUUUUAUCUUCGAAGAAAACUCGACAAAAAACCUAUUUCUGUCGAUCUCAUCAAACAAGUUGAUAUCUACAAAUAUGAUCCUUGGGAUCUUCCAAAAUCGAGUGUACAUGGAGCAGAAAAGGAAGGUUACUUCUUUUGCAAAAGAGGAAGAAAAUAUAGGAACAGUAUUAGGCCAAAUAGAGUAACUGGCUCUGGAUUCUGGAAAGCAACUGGAAUAGACAAAUCAAUAUACUCAAAUGGAGGAGAAGGUAAUGACUGUGUUGGACUCAAAAAAACACUUGUUUACUACCGUGGUAAUGCUGGUAAAGGCACCAAAACCGAUUGGAUGAUGCACGAGUUUCGUCUUCCGUCUAAUAUUACCACCAACACAAAUCUUGCUCAUGCUAAAAAUGAUAAUGAUGUUUCUCAUGAAGCAGAAAUUUGGACAUUGUGUAGAAUUUUCAAAAGAAAUGUAUCACAAAGGAAACAACAAAUGGCAGAGGUGAAACCAUUAGCUACCAAGUGUGAGGCUGUUUAUGACAAGAGCAAUAGAAUGAGUAUGGAGUUCAUGCUAAAUCAACAAACAUACAUCAAUUUUGGUCCAAGCCAUGAAGAUCACCAUAACCAGGAUAAAUUAGUGUUACCAGUAAAUAAUUAUACAAGUAGUGGUCAAAGGAAUCAAUUCUCUUCAGUUGCACAGCAACCUCAACAAAUUUUAAUACCAUCUUCAAACUUUUGGAUUCAGCAAGCUGCAAAUGAGCUAUUAUCACUUGAUAAUUGGGAUGAGCUUGGGUCAGCUGUGAAGUUUGCUGUUGAUUCACCUAGUUUGUAA